UUAUGAGUUUGUAGACAAUGAACAAGAGCAAUCGAUAGAGCCUAAUUUGAGAACCAGGGCAAGGAAGAAGCGGGCCUCAGAAAACCAAGAAUUACAGCCUCAUGCUAGUACAGACUCUGUUUCGGGUAAUUCCCCUGCCUCAUCCUCAAAUUUGCAACCAGGCCUUGAACCUCCAAUAUCUGAAUCUCGAUCAUUAGAGGAAAGCAACAGAGCUCUACCACUGAGUAAUGUUGAUGCUGUCAUUGAUGCAGUCUCUAAGGGCAUCUUUGGCUCAAGUGAAGAGGAUGGCAGUUUAGACAUCCCAUUAUCGAUAGCAUCUGAGUCAG